AUGUUGGGUUUAAAACGAUUAAUACUUUGGAGUAUAGUACUGAUACUCGCAAUAACACAGAUUUUAUUAUAUAUUCCAACGUUCACAUGUACAGGGAAUUUGAACUUGCCUCUUUGUACACCACAAUUUGUAUUUUCUUCGAUGGAUGACUCAUCGUUAGGAAAGGAAUUAAUUGAUGCAGCAAGAGAGUUUCUUCGAUUAUUAUCAUUCUUGACUAUAGAUAUGGGCUGGAAAUCGAAUGACGCUAUAAAAUUCAAUAAUUCUUAUGGAAACAAUGACGUUUAUUCAAAAGAAUGCUUGGUUGACACAUUCUACCGGGGGAGUUCCUUUAAAGUAAAUUAUCAUGGUUAUUGUAAACUCAGAAAAUAUAAACACAUGACAAAAAAAGUGUGUUAUUCCAAUGAAAAUAAUGGCAUGGAUAUAAUGACAGUUCUGAUGAGAGAUAUAGGUAUCCAAUUCGGUGAACUAUCAUUAUUAGAUAAGAACAGUAGUGUAAAAUUGGGUAACUCCGUUGUUUACACUUAUAAAAUAGUUACUAGGUCUUUGUUCCAUUUUAUUAAUAAUGAUCGAAGGGAAGGCAACAUUUUUACGAAAACAAUUUUGGGAAGGCAGUCUCCAAUUAAAACAACAGUUCAAAAUUUUAAAGAUACGAGUAGAAGUGGAGGCGGCAGUAGUAAGAAAAAAAAAGGUCUUACUAACUUUGAAAAAAUUAUUAUCAUUGCAAGAUUAUUUACUCUUUUCAAUGAAGGUAUUAGAAUAAUAUUAUUUAUUGAAAUGGGUAUGGCUUGUGUUUGUUUUUUUUCUACCCUCAUUUCUCUAUGGUUAUUGAUCAAAUCAACAAAAAAAAAAGUAAGUAUAAUCACCUUUCUAAUUGCACUUACGUAUGCAUUACUAGCAACGACAACCUUUUUGAAUUCAGUUAUAUUACAAAUCAUAUUAAGAACAUUGUCUCCCAUUGUAGAUGACUAUGAUAAUAUUCUUCCAACUCUUGAUGACGAUUGGGGGUUUAUACGGGUUAGUGUUGGUAGUGGGUUUAUUUUUGGAUGUGUGAGAUAUUGUAUCCAAAUACUAUUCUGUAUUGCCACCACAAUAAUUGUAUGUCUCCAGAAAAGACAAUCAAAUGGAUCUGAAUCAAAACAAUGUGAUGAAAGUAAGCUUUUCAAUGAAAUUCUACCGCCUAUUCAAGCCGAGCCUUCCAUUGAUCAUCAUUGUACACAUAAUCACUGGUGUGAUCAUACGUAA